AUGGCAAAACUCGAGUCCACGCCAUUGCCGCCAGUGACUUGUACUUUUGUCGUUUUUCGAGUUGUUUUGCCUUCCAAGCCAGUUCAUGAGGUGUUUGCUGUUGAGUCGUCUGCCAAUCUUUGGCACAAGCGACGGUCACGCCAGUGUGGACGUUCUCGGAAAUUAUCUAAGUCACUUUCUGUCAAGCCUACUCAUUUUGAGGUUGUGGAUAGUCAUAAGUACUCUUAUGUGGAGUUAUUGGUUAGGAAAAGUGAUGCAAGUCUUGCCAUUCGUAACUUUAUUGCUAGGUGUGAAUCUUAUUUUUCUGGUGAUUCUGCUGGUGAUCGAGUUGCAUAUUUUCAUUCUGAUAAUGGCGGCGAAUACAUUUCCAAAGACCUGGAGCAGUUCUUUGUGUCUAAGGGUAUCAAGCAUACUUAUACAGUUCCUCAUACUCCUCAACAAAAUGGUGUUGCUGAGCGAUUGAAUCGCACAUUAUUUGAGAAAGCCAAGUCUAUGCUUUUAUAUGCUCAUGCUCCUGAAUACUUAUGGGGUGAAGCUGUCAAGUCUGCUAACUAUAUUAGGAACCGUCUUCCUAGUCGUACCACUGGUGGUGUUGCACCUCUUCAACUUUGGACGGGUAAACCUCCUAGUUAUCACCAUAUGAAAUUUCCAUUUAUGAAAAGUGAUAAGGACUUGUCUAUUAAUGGUACUGGUGUUGGGUUUAGUGUUGGUUCUGGUUCAGGGUCCAUGUCAGGACCUUGUUUUGAUUCUAAGGGGACUGUUUUGGGUCUCAUAGAUCUUCCAGCAUCCUCAUCUGGUUCUGGUUCUGGUUCUAUUUGUGCUAAUACCGUCUCAAAUCUCCGUCUUCUUCUCCCGUCUCAUUCUCCGUCGCCGCCUCUUCUUCUUCUUCUUCUCAUUAUUGUUCAUAAGCCUCGUUCUGUUCGUCGCAUUUUGUCUACACCUUCUGCUCCUCUUGUCUCCUACUCUUCCUACUCUUCCUUCUAUUGCUUCAGUUCCAUCUCUUCUAGUUCUCCUAUUCUUCCACCUUCAGAUCAUGAUGUCUCUAUCUCUCCUGACUCUAGUCCUAUUAUUUCUUCUUCGGAAUAUAUUCCUUCACAAUUAGACUUAUCUGAACUGCUGGUGUUAGUGUUGUCACUAAGGAUGAUACUCAAGCUGUUUUGCCCUAAAUCUCGAUCUCGUGUUGUUGCUGUUCGUUUACCUUCUAUAACUCCUGCCAAACGCCCGAGUUCUGAUGACAUUGUUUCACCUCCUUCUAAACACCUUUGUGAAAAUUCUUUGAAACAAUCUCCAAUGUUCUGCAACACCUGCAAAACGUCAGCUGAAGAAGAGUGUAUUUCUUAUCGUCGUCUCAAAUCUCUCCGCUUUGAGUAUGAUGAUUGUGUAUUGGAUUUUCAAGUUGAAGGUAUUGAUUAUACUGAAACUUUGCUCGUUGUUCGUUACGAGACUGUGAGGAUUGUUCUUUAUAUUGCUGCUCAGUUUGGGUUCCAGGUUCAUCAUAUGGAUGUCGAGACUGCAUUUCUUAAUGUUGAUCUCAAAGAAGAUAUUUAUAUGAGACAACCUAAAGGCUUUGUUGUCAAAGGUCAGAAUCUAAAGUGUCAUUUGAAGAAGUCUUUAUGGUUUAAAGCAAGCUCCUUUGUGUUGGAAUGA